AUGCGCUCGAAAAUAUUUGAUGAUGCCGAGCUCGAACGACUACGGCGUGAGGCCAUUCCCUCAUCGAAUGAAUUGGCUACGGCUGGGGAUGCGGCUCCUCAGGCGACAGACCAGCUGCCACGCGUAGAAGAUGCCAUGGAUCUUCCAGUUGUGGUUGAUUCCGACGAUGAUGAAAUGGUCUCCCACGAACUAGAGCAAAUGAGGAGUAUACUGGAAGAGGCGAUUUUGGAAACGCGCACCAUGCCUCUCGAAAAUCGACCGCGACUUCCCCGCAUACCCCUAAGCAAGCGAAAUCGGGCUGUCGUGAGGGCUCUUAACCCUAUGCUGGUAACCUAUUUGGAAGCCAGCCGGGACCUUUGCGAGACGGACUCAGUUCUUUUUGGCGCCGCAGUGGCAGCUUGCCGUAUUAUUGGCGCCAAACUUCCCCUGGCUGGACGCGCUACUAAACAAAGUAGCGCCAUCCCAGCCUGGAGAAAAAGAAUUGAGGACCGUAUCGCAAAGGCAAGGGCCCUUAUCGGCAGACUGAUAAGCUUCAGGUCGGGCAAUAAUAGACCGAGGGUUGUGCGCUCCGUUAGAAUGGCGUUUGCUGGGACAAAAAUCAGUUUGUCCCAGCCGGAUAUCACGCAGAAACUAACGGAGCGCAUAGACGACCUGAAGCAAAAAAUUGCUGCUUGGGGGAAGCGGAUUCGCCGAUUUACCGAGAGGUCAAGGCGGUUCAACCAGAAUCGUCUCUUCCAGAGUGAUCAGAAGAGGCUCUACAAAUCAUUGGAGCGACCAGAGGUAUGUGGAGCGGGCCCAGGACCGGAUCGGGCUAACACUGUCGCAUUUUGGCGUGGCCUGUGGUCAGAGCCCGUAAACCACAGCGAGGGCUCUUGGACGGAAGUUAUGGCGAGCCAGUGUGCGAGUAUUACGCCCAUGGACCCCGUCAUCAUAACGCCGGAUGACGUAGCUGAGGCGGUCCGUAGAGCCCCGAACUGGAAAAGUCCGGGACUCGACGGACUGCAUCACUACUGGCUGAAGGGGUUCAUGGUGUGUCACGCUGUGCUCGCCCGUCAGUUUCAAGAGGCUCUCAACCAGAAGUCGCUCCCUAGCCUCUUCACUACUGGGAUCACUCACUUGGUUCCUAAAGACCAGUGGCUCAUGGCGUAG